ACAGAGGAUCAUUGAUAGAUCAUCGCUGUAAAAGUAUUGCCAGGCAGAUGACGUUCCAACGUCAGUAUAAAUUGCGAUCAUUUCCCAACUUAAUCAAAUCUUACUGUUGUCUUUCUGGGGGAAAACUGUACGGGGACAUCUAAGUUACUUUAGGGAGAUUUGGUUUGGCUUCGUGAAGCGUCGGUCAGUUGGGUUGCUCGCUAGAAAUGUAUCAUUGGAAUUACUUCUGGACAUUUUUGAUAUGUAUUAUUUUCAAAUUAACCACAUCUUUAGGGAAUACACAACGUGCAGACGAAGCCACAGAUUUAAUAGCAGCAUUCGACAGAGCAACCCGAGAUAUUCGUUCAGCAAAAGAUACAGUUAAUGAAGUGCAACAGGAAUACAGUAGAUUACAAAGUGAAGGGUGCAGAUAUGGGGCUCCAAAUAAUCAUGGUUGUUUGCUGGCGAUUAUUGACAGUCGAAAUCCAGGGAGACGAAGCAGUGAAGAACUUGAUAAUCAAGAACUAGAAUCCAAUAAAAAAGACAUCAAACCAUUUGAAAUCAGACAUCCUCAACCACAAUCAGAAGAGGAAAGAUUAGAGUACAUCGCUAAAUUAGCAAAGAGACGAAAGGAUAUGGACAGGAUAUUAGAAUUAUUGGAUGAGAAAGAGACCAGCAUUAAACAAUUAAAAAAACGGACGUGCGAUGUGGAGUUAUCGGGAGCGUGUAGGACAGAGUGGGCCUCCGCCAUUGCUGACCAGUAUUAUUACUUAAUGGGACCUCACGGCCCCGGGAAACGAAGGAAGAGAUCACUCCUUAGUGUACUGAAGGGGAAACUAUCCCAUAUACCUAACAAACAUUGAGAUAAUUAACAUAUUUAGUUAUACAACAAAGUGAUGCUUGUGCAUGAAACAACUGUGAUCUCCUUAGAAACAAAAACCCGGCUUUAAUUAAUCCAGAAAAUCUACAUUGAUAUUUUCUUGUAUAUAAUAUCUUUUCCAUAUUUAUUUUCAUCGUUCUAUCCAAUUGUAUGCACUUUUGUGCAUUAUUUUAUUUUAUUUAUUUUUUUUACUCUUGUGAUCAAUCUCAUGAUUAAAGCUUUUGUUUCAACAUGAAUGAACUAUUUGUUAUGAAUAAAGUGAUAUAUUUCGCAA